CUCAGUUUGCUAAUUUAAGUAUUUUCAUUUGAAAUAAAAAAUAUAUUUAUCUUUAGUUUUUCCCUUGAAGGAAUCCAUUACUAAUCAUGGGAUGACCUUUUUGACGGGAUCAUAUCUUUUUACUUUUACAUGGUGUAAACAAAUGUUGCUUUGAGCAAGCGUGCACUCCGGGCACCUUUUAACCAACCUUGCCAUUUUCUCUUUGGUAUAUGACGCAUUGAUCAGAGGAGUCGUGUUGACUGUCUGCAAGGCAGCAACAGAGCAAACGUAUCACUUGUGAAAGGACUUGCUGAGCUCUCAGCUGUGUUUUGACGUGCCCGGCGCAGAAUACAGUCUCAGUUGUCUGAGCUUGUAGCUUUAUCUGCAUGUGUGGGUGGUUAUCAUGGACCACAUUAAUAUGGUCUGUCUUUAUUUGUCUAUUUUUUUUACAGAUUUCAUUAUGUUGCGGUCAGAAUGUACAUGUAUUUGAGGGGUGUUGAAACACACAACAUCUUCCCCAUUGAAAGAUACUGCUCUAUUAAAAGUAGCACGCAAGGCAAAAUCGUGGUUUUAAAAAACCCAGGAUGUUACAAACAAGUGUCAGAUUUGGGGAUUUGAUUGAGAAGCAAAGGAGAACAUACGUUUGAACGUAUCGUAGUGAUUUGUUAACUGCAUGAUGGACGCGUCACACUCGUGGUCAGAAAGUUCUGAGUAAACUGAAGUAGCUAAGUUCUCUAAUAUGAAGCUCUUAACUGAUUUACUGAUACAUUGUUUCCACCUUUGAUUGUUGUUAGUUAGUCAUUGACAUUAAAUGUUACAGAGAAACGCAUGAUUGUGUUUAUGGUGUUACUCCUAGUGGAUGCUAAUGUCCUCAUAAUAAUUAUAGUUUUUAUACGUUUUAUACGAUUUAGCCGAGAAAGGAAAACGAUGGCGUUUAAAUCUGCACGUGAUCUUUCGCUCUGAAUGUCUCUCUCUCGCUCGCUCGCUCUCACACACACACACACACACACGCACAAACACGUUCACCAAACAGCUGAUAAGACAAGUUUAAUAAAACUUUGCCCUGCAUGUGUCUUUGUUUUCAACAUGUCCAGGAACCGUGAGGUACAAAGGUCUAUCCAGGUUAGCUGUUCACAUGUUGCUCUUAACCUUUUACAUCAUAUUUAAUCUGCUGCUGUAUUUUAUUCCCUAUCUCCUUGAUUCCUUUACUUAACCCCUUUUCUUACACUUAUUGUCCAUGCUUGACUUUUGCACCUUUUAACCUCUUUUAACGAGAAGACGAGCUGCAUCUUUUCCUGUGUGAGUAACACCGCUACAACCUCAGUAUGUGACAAGCCGCUUAUGCAUAACAAAUCCCACCAAGCUUGGACGGCUGCCCCACAGGAGGAACAUCAUGGCUUCAUACUGACCAAGAAAAAUAUUUGACUGUUUAAGGAGCCAGCGCAAGUGAACAUGGACUCUGCAUCGAGAGCUCAGAGGAGAAAGAUAACCAUGGCGGCAGCUGCAGCCCCCGACGGCGGCUACGCCUGGUUCAUCCUGCUCUCCUGCUUUCUAGUUUUUGGUUUGACCUUUGGGGUCAUUAAAGCAUUUGGUGUAUUCUACGUUGAGAUACAUCGAUACUUUGAAACCACAGCAACAGGUACAUCGUGGAUCACCUCUAUUGCGGUGGCUACCAUUCACAUUGUAGCUCCAGUGGCAUCUGCACUCAGCGCACGAUUCAGCCAUCGUGCUGUAGUGAUAACGGGGGGUCUGAUGUGCAGCUUAGGAGUUGUAUUUGGGGCUUUUGCCAAUAACCUCACUGAACUCUACUUAACAGUAGGGUUUCUAAAUGGAUUUGGCUACGCUUUAACGUGGACGCCCACAGUGACCAUGCUGGGCUAUUACUUUGAGAAGAGGCGCCCGGUGGCAAAUGCCUUAUCCAGCUCAGGAGAAUGCAUUUUUACCUUUGUCCUCACCCCUUUAUUUCAGCUGCUGAUUGACAGCUUCUCUUGGAGAGGUGCUCUGCUGAUCUUAGGGGGGCUGCAGCUUAACCUGUGCGUAAGUGGGAUGUUGUUGAGGCCCCUGAAAGCCACCAAAGAUCCUACUAAUGGCAGUGAGAUAAAAGCUGCAGAAGAAAGCUUGGAAAUCAGAUCAGUCUCUAAAGAGGACUUGGAUGAGGUCAAGUCCAGCUGCCAUGUAGGGAAAGAGCUGGAGGAUGCUGAUGAGUGGAGAGUGGAACUAUGUUUUGAAGAUCCCAGUGACAAACAUGAUAUGACUGAAGAAUCAACCAGCAGAACUAAGUGGACUGAACUAAAGAACAAAAUUCUUCUGUAUGUAGAUUAUACCCUCAUUACAAAUGCUCAGUUCAUGGUCUACUCUAUGUUUGGGGUGUUUGCUGCUCUGGGUUUCUUUGCCCCAGCUCUGUUCCUGGUUCCCUAUGCCCGCAGUAAAGGGAUCGAGGAGUACCAGGCAGCUGCUCUUAUGUCCAUCUCUGCAGUGCUGGACCUCUUUGGAAGAGUGCUUUUUGGCUGGGUGGCAAACCUGAGACUGACAGAGACGGUGCAGCAGCUGACGGCUACAGUGAUUCUGCUGGGUACAGUGUUACUGCUAUGCCCGUUGGCUACCUCGUUUUCAGAGCUGGUUGCUUUUAGUGCAGUUUACGGGCUGGUGUAUGGUGCAACGGUUGCCAUUCACAUCACUGUGCUGGCUGAGGUUGUGGGCAUCCAGAGGCUCGGAAGUGCACUGGGGUUCUUCAUGCUUAUACGCAGCAGCGGAGGCCUGCUUGGACCACCUAUUGCUGGAUUCUUCAUUGACAAGAUGAGUGAUUAUGGGACAGGUUUCCUCAUGGCAGGGGUGUCUCUCAUUGUCUCUGCCUUGUUCCUGCUCCUCCUCCUCAUAAUGAACCGAAGAGGUCAGGGCACAGCUAACAAGAGCCAGAAUACACACAAGGACAACAAAGGACAAAGUCUAGGAGGGGAGGAAAAAGAGGAGCAGGACAUGACAUGAUAUUCUGCAGUUGGUGAGUUUAAAAUGGUGACUGAGCCAAAGAUUGCCAUCAAAAAGGAAAAGGAAGAAAGCAAGGACUGGCAAGUUAAACGUCAAAAACUGUCACCCUGCCAUAUGUUGCUUUUACGUACACAAACGUCACACAAAAUUUCCACUGGAAAUAAAGAAAUUGUCAUUUUGUCAUUUUGAUAUAAACACUUCGCAACCCUCUGUUUACUUUUCACAAAGCACAAUUUUACAAAGCGAUCUGUCUCGUUUUUGUUAUUUUCAGUGUUAGCAGUGUCAGUUCUGCAGGCGUGUUUGCAGUCAGUGGAUAGGAACAAAUGUAUUGGGGGUUUUUAAAGAUGCAUUUGAGAUUAAUUUCAAGGAAGAGCAAGUAGAAACACAUGAAAGGGCUAACAGUUUUUAACUGAAUGUUCAAUGCUUUUUGUACCAAUAGACUGACGAGCAUUUUGUACGCUCCCCGAAGCACUGGUAGAAAACACUGGGUUGACUCGUCUGCACAAAGCUGUAGUCAUGAUAAGAUUUGACCUGACCGUUCACAAGCUCAUUCUCAUACGUUAAUAAAUACAACUUUGUUACUGAA